AGUAACGAGAACCGCUGGAUCUGCGGGGUUAUUUUAGCGUGCUCUCUUGUUUUGCAUAUCUCAACUCAAUUCAGGAUUUCUUCAUAUUUUCGUAUAAGAUAAGGCUUCAGUGACGUGUAAUGGAUGAAAAGCGCAGAGCAUCCUGUCAGUAUGGAUCCCUGGAAUACACGAAAUGGAAAACAGAUGUGGACCAAACAGAGGCAGAUGUGGUCUCAAUGGCGGACUCUACUAUCACAGUGGGGGACAUUGAGGGGGAACUCUGUAAGAUUGAACGGAUCAGAGACAUUUUGGUCAGGAGGGAAUCUGAGCUCAGAUAUAUGAUGGAUGACAUCCAGUUAUGUAAAGAAAUUACAAGACUGAAGAAAGAGCUUCAAAAGCUUCUGUCUAUCCCAGAUAAUGACAAGUCUAAUGAAGAUAAACAGAAAGAGGAAGAGCUUCUGAAACAGAUUCAUAAAUUAGUGGAGGCCAGAGACUUCCUGGUAGAUGACGUGGAGUUUGAGCGCCUCAGGGAACGGGAGGAAGACAAAGAGAUGGCUGAGUUUCUUAAGUCCAAAUUACCAAAAAGCUCUCAAUCCAAGAAUGUUGCUCACAGUGGGAGGAGACCCCCCAGAGCCCAGCAGAACACCACUCCCUUUGUAACCAAGACUGGCCUCACUUUACUGAAAGAGUGCUGUGGAUUCACCUGCUCUAUAAUGUAAAAGACAUACUUUUGGCAGUGGCAGCAGGAAAACAAUGCGAUUCUGGAGCCUUGGAUGAGGGUGACCUUUUAAUGACACCAGGAGACUCGAAGAACAUGGCGUGAACCAACACUAGAGGUUUAUUGAAAGACAAAGCUACAGAGUAUUCUGUUAAAGAAUAGCUGUCUAUGCGUUUCUCUUAUAUUCUUUCGCUCCUAUUUGCUAGCUUUCUACCUAACUUCUUUUUUCUGUCAAAAAUUGUUUCACUGUGUUACAAAGAACAUUUUGUGCCCUCUCCAGGGUCCUGCUGUCAGCAGCUCAGCUGGUUUUCUGUCAUUCCCUACCCUUAUCUUUUCCCUCAUGAGACAUCGCUACAGCACUGCGGUACCUGUGACUUCAUCAUCCAUAAAUGCUCAAGUUUCAGUAGAGAUUCCAUUUCGACUGCUGUUUCGUACCAGUGGCGUAUCUGUGGCGACAUUUCUAGUAAAAUAUCCACUUUCAAAGUGAAAUAUCCAGUGAGUGGUGCUAAAAUCGUGGUCAGUUUUAUCUGAAAAAGAUGAACGUGAAUCUAGCAAUGUUUUAUUAUGUUGGUUGUAUGUAUUGCUGCAAAUGUCUAGAAAAUGGCACUAAAAGGUUAAUGUAGCACCUACACUAAACCCUACCCUUAAACCUAACUGAUAGUGUUAACAAAAGCAGACGUGACAUAAAAAUGCAUUUACUGAAGCAAUGUAUUUCCAGUGUAUAUAGAGGCAUGUACAGUAUUUCCAAAGAGCCUAGGUUGUACAGUGUCUCAAUGGCUAAUGAAAUGAUCAUGCCACAAGUUGAACAAUUAAGCUAAAUUAGUUCUUUUAUUAUGUUACAACAAUUUCCAUAAUUGACAAUAUAACAAUCUCAGCAAAAAUGUUCACAGGAGCGCAAGCACACACACACACACACACACACACACACACACACACACACACACACACACACAAAUGAAUUAAAUGAAGAACAUUUCAUUGGGGUGAACAUCAUCUGAUAAGAGUCACACACCAGGAGCCUGUCCUAUCCACAGCUUGAAGUCCAGCAUGUCUCACAGCGCCAAAGCACUUGUUUAUGUUCUCUGGUGAAGUGCUUUCAACAAUGUCAAGGGCUCUUCUCUGUGGAGACAAGGUUCCAUAGCAACCAGCGCAUAGAACAAUUCGUCUUUAGUCGCUUUAGUGGCUGUUUAGUAGCUAAAAAUGUAGUUAAUCAUGAUUGAAUUCACACACACCUGCAGAGCGUAUUUGUAGAUGGUAAUGGAAAAGAGCAACAGGCCAUUAUGACCAGGUGAAUCCAAGAAUAAUGAUAAACAUUUUGGAUUUUGUUUGCAUUAGAGCAGGACUGUACCAAAACUUAUCAAUAAUUCAGCUAAUCAGCACUGACCCCGCAUUUAAUUAUGCUUAUCUAUUUAUUCACUUUAUGUUGCAGGAUUAAUUACGGUAUUAAUAAGCAUCAAGAGGCAUUGCUUUAAGGAGCCUUUUAAUUAGUAUGUUAGACUGCUGUGGCCCACAAUUCUCAGCGGUGAGCUUUGUGAGUGGAAACCCCUGUUGACUGUGGUCUUAAUGAGUCUUUAUCGCUAGUUAAAGGUCAGUCCUGUCACUCAUACACUAAUCGCCUGACUGCAGUCUGUCUCUUCUGAGUGGACUGCUCACAUCUGCUCUUUAAUAUGUCAUUUUGUAAUUUUUCCUUUUUUAAAUAUAUUUCUAAAGAGUUUUCAUAGUUAUCAUUUUUACUUUUAUUUCACUUAAACGUUUUUAUCUAAUAUUUAUACUUUAUUUCAAUUUGUUUUAUAAUAGUUUUAGUUAACGAUAACAACACUGGUUGUCAUUUCAGUAAUGUUCCACAAACAACAGAUAUCCAUUUCCAAUGCAACUGUGGCCCAAAGGGAUUUCCCUUUAAAUAUCAUCUGGAAAACAUCUGCUGCCUUUAGUAGCUGGUGACUGGAUGUACAAAACAUAAAGGCUGUCUCUGUAUGACAUGAAGUACUAUAGAACACUGCAGCAGUUAGAGUAACUGUUUCCCCUGAGGUCGUCUCCUUUAUGAAAUGAUAAAACAGUCAGGUUACACUCUGAUGAGUUCUUUCAUAUCACUCCCAUCUCUCUUUUGCUUUUUCUUUGGUUAGACACUGAUGUAGUCCAAGCUCGAAUUAGAUAUAUAUGCUCGAGCUUAGUUAUUCUCAGCACCAGGUUGCAUGUCUUGCUAUGCUAUGCUGUCAGAUUACUUUCGAAGAAACUGGUGGAGCAAAACUGUAAAUAUAUAUAUAUAUAUUUUUUUUUUUUUUGUCUUUAGAAGCUACAGUAAAAUCUCAGGUGUCUUUAUUCAGUAUAUUUAGACUACAAUAGAGCUGCAUGAUUCUGGACAAAUUGAGAAUCACAAUAUUUUUGUUCAAAAUAGAGUUCAUGAUUCUCUCACUAUUCUAAAUAGACAGCUGAACAAAAUAACAUAAUUUACUAGAGGUUAUGAUAAAAUGUUUUUUUUUUUUUUUUUGUUAUCUGUUUGUUUGAAUGAAUGAUUCAAUGACUUGCUCAUAAAGACCUCACUUGUUUCAUUACAGGAUGAAUCAAUGAAUGUCUUGAAUGAAUUAUUGAAUGACAUACUUUUUAACAGUCACUUGUCACUACCUACUGGUGUAAAGAUGUAAUUGAUACAAUCCUUAUUUAAAGCAUCAAGUUUCAUAAGGUGAAUUAAUUAAUUCAUAAGGUGAAUUAAUUAAUUCUAAUUUGAUCGCUACCAGACAGUGUUUUUUAUCCAAUCUAUAAACAUUUAUCCCUGUGCUUUUUUGAUAAUUUGAACUAUUGUAACACAGAAAUAGUGAUACUGUGUGGUUGAAAAGACUGUGAAGUUGUUUCACACCUAUACAUGACAUCUGCUCUGUCUGGCUCAGCAGCAGUGACCAACGCAGAUUUAAAUGUUCCCCUGUGAUUUUAUCGAAGAUUUAAUAGAAAUAGCCAAAUCAUUGUCAUUUAGGAAAAAGAUCGGCAUGUGUGUUUGGAUCAAGACUGCAAAAUCUUUUAACGAUUAUUCACGCAGCUCUACAUUACAGCUACCAACAUGAUUAUGAUUAUUCAGUAUUAUUCAGUAUUUACAUAAUUUGCUAAAUCACAACAUACAUUGAUGUAUUAAUGAUGAAUAAUGAAUAAGCUGAUGGCAUUAAUACUGCACAUUGUCACUGUAGUAGGCUAUAGUACCAUAGUCAUUGUCUUGGCACAUUCACUCUCUAAAUUUCAUGCCAAUGAAUUUUUAAUUGCUUGAAUUUUGUUUCUUUGUUUAUUUAUUUAUUAUUUCUUUAAGUAUUCCUUUGUUGGCUUGUCUUCCUUUUUCUAUUAUUUUUUCACAUUUGAAUAAAAAAUUUCGCUGCCAUGGUACUUAUUUAUUUAUUAUUUUGGCAGCUUCGGCAUUUCAUACUGUUGUGCUUGUUUAUUUUAGUUUUUUUUCUCAUGUUGUUAUGGGUCUAUUAUAUUUUUACCACACAAAUCAUUUAUGCUUAUAUGACUGUCAGUUGCUUGAGGAAAAACAAUUAAAUAUGUCAUUGUUCUAAGAUAAAAAACUGUAUUGUAUUACUGUAAAUACAGAUUAUUAUAUCAAAUCAUGAACUCUAAAUGGUCUACUUUUUAGAUGUUCCAACUGAUUGUCUUUUUUCACUUAGAUCACACUGGUUAUGGUUUUUGCAUUUUAGUUAUAUAAGAUGUCUGAUCUUUGCACAGGACAGGCUACGCUCUGAUAAAUCCAUCCCCUACCAUGAAAUAUGCAUGCUAAUGACCCAAGGGUGUCUGUCUCCCUAAUUAAUGACACCAGCACGUCCGUCAGUCUUAUUCACUUACACUAUGCUGUUUGUGAAAUCUCUUUUUAAGUCCUUGAGAGAUUUUUCACUUCAUAUUCUAUUCACAGAUCUAUACAAACCCACCUGGACCAGUCAGCUGUAUCCACCACAUUUCCCCAUUGUGAAGCAGAACAGUGGUUAAUCUGUAAAAUCUGUAUACAUAUGUUCAAAUAAAGGAGUUUCUAUUCAACUUCA